AUGGAAGACCCUGAAGGAGCAGUUGGGAAUCCCGGUCUUCUGUUUUCUCUUUCCACGGCGGUGACCGCGGGCUUGCUGAUAUUUCGGAUUAAGAAUGACGUCCGGCCAGAGUGGGGGCGGCUGCUCUGGUCUUUGGGGCUACUCGUUGGUGUGGAGCUCCUGUGUUUUUGGUUGCUGCCUAGCUACUCUGGACUGAUACUUCUCAUCCUGGUCAGCUUUGCUGUGCACCUGACUGCAGCGGGACAGAGCAUGAUGUUGCCUUGCCAAGACAGAGCCGUUCUCAUCACAGGUUGCGAUACCGGUUUUGGCCAUAAACUGGCUAAGACCUUAGACAGAGCUGGAGUGAAGGUGUUUGCUGGAGUGCUGGAUGAGUCUGGAGCUGGAGCCCAAGAGCUGAAGAGCGUUGGAUCACCUCAGUUACAUGUGUUACAGCUGGAUGUGACUGAUAGCACCCAGAUCCACCACGCUUAUCACCACAUUAAGAGUCACGUAGGAGACGCGGGUCUUUGGGGACUGGUGAACAACGCAGGUGUCCUGGGAUAUUACGGUGACGGAGAAAUUCUUCCUAUGCGGAUAUACAGGAAAUGCCUUGAUGUCAACUUCCUCUCUAACGUGGAGAUGACACAAGUGUUCCUUCCACUGCUACGAAAAGCCAAAGGAAGGAUUGUAAACAUAUCCAGUUUGGCAGGAGCCGUGCCCAUUCCUGGCUUUUCUGCUUAUGGAGCGUCUAAGGCAGCUGUCACUUCUUUCUCUGGUGUGAUGAGACAGGAGCUGUCCAAGUGGGGAAUCAAAGUGGCUGUUGUACAACCUGCGGGAUUUAGGACCAACAUCCUGGGCAGCAAAGAAGAGUGGGACAGCACUGAGAGAGAGAUACUUCACUCCCUCUCAGAGGAAGUACGGGAAACAUAUGGAGAGGAGUACAUUAGCUCCAUGCAGCAUUGCCUCAUCAAUGUGAACUCCUCCUCUGUGGCGGACUUGCGCCCCGUACUGGACUCCAUGCAACAUGCUUUGUUUGCCGUCAAACCCAAACCGCUCUACGACCCUGGGAUGUCUGGCUGGGCUAUUCCCUUUAUCUGUCGCACCUGUCCUGUCUGGCUGUAUGAUUCUAUCUUUACCCGAAUGUUUGUGUUUGGAAACGCUCAACCAGCAGGACUGAAAUUAAGCACAUAA